AUGCCUGCAUUCAUCAAGUACAUGAAGGAACUUCUUCCCAGGAAAAGCUCACUCAAAGGAGGCCAAACUAUAUUGUUAAACAAGGAAUGUAGUGCCCUUAUUCAACCUGAAUUUCCUGCAAAAAGAAGAGACCCAGGGAGUUUUCACAUCACUUUUGCCAUAGGGGAAACAAUGUUUGAUAAAGCACUCUGUGAUUUAGGGGCAAGCAUCAACUUACUGCCCCUAUUCCUGGCGAAGAGGCUGCAAAUCAAUGAGAUAAUGCCCACAGAUGUUGUCAUCAGACUGGCUGACAAAACUCAAAAGCAAGCAAUAGGAGUGGUGGAAAAUGUGUUACUAAAGGUUGGGAAAUAUUUUUUCCCAACAGACUUUGUCAUCCUGGACAUGGAAGAGAGUCACAUUCACCCAAUCAUAUUAGGAAGACCCUUCCUAGCUACGGCCAAAGCACUCAUAGAUGUGGAGAAAGGGGAGCUAAUAUUGAGGAUCCAUGAUGAACGGCUCAGCUUUAAUGUCUUCAAACUCUCACAAGAAGUAGACCAAGAGCACAAGGAACCAAGUAAAGACCAUGAUGAGAUGCUAAAGGAGGAAGCAAGCACAGAAGCACACCCAACCUAUCUGGAGACUCCUUUGGUUAAUAAACAAGGGAAACAGCCACUACCACAGCUCAAGGAAAAGUUAGAGGAACCUAAACCUCUAGAGGCAUGUGAAGACAACAUCACAACUACCUUAGGAAAAGAAGUCAUCAAGAGCAAGGCAAUAUCAAAGGACACAAGGAAGAAGUUAUCGAAAGUCUUCACAAUCAACAGAGUUCUCUCCCUGGAACAUGUAGAGAUCAUUGAUACAACCAAUGGAUACAAGUCCACAGCGAGAGGGAAGGACUUCAAGCAUUACCAACCACCCUGA